AUGAGGAGCAUAGAAAAAAGUCUGGACCCUUUGGAGUCGGGUCAGCAACCAGAAGAAAAGAUGUUGUUCCCAAAUGAAGUCAAAACUACAAUCAAUGAAAGAUCGCAGCCAACCCGUCGUGGGUUAUACAUAGCGCUCAUGACGAUGGCGCUGACCAUCUUCCAAGGGAUCAUCGUGGUUCAGGUGUACCUCGAACCCCUAUUCCGACGAGCAGUGCCGAAUCUGUCGUCCACCGUCUGCUGUUUACUGUUCGCUGUGACUAUAGUCGUGGCCAGUUUUGCAGCGGCGUUUAUGAGUGACUUAGCCGGAAGAAGGCCUCUCAUCAUCUACUCAUCCAUCGGUGGAACAAUCUGCUGCGUGCUCCUCGGUAGCCAACUCCAGCUAGACUGGGGCCCAGGUUGGCUGACCGCGCUCGUGCUGUAUGUCUUCUGCGCCGUCUACAGCUUCGGCGGCGGCACUGUGCCUUUCGUGCUGAUCGCGGAGGUGUUUUUGCCUGAGGUCAAAAGCUUCAUGACGAUGCUAGUCGUGGAGUGGUUCUGGCUCUGUUCCUUCUUAAGCCUGAUCAUCUUCAACCCUCUCAUGUUGCUCCUGGGUCUUGGAGGAGUGUUCUACGUGUUCGCUGCAGUCUGUGUGGUCACUGCAGUAAUGUCGGCGAUUUAUGUGCCGGAGACGAAGGGACUGACGCUGGAAGCUGUGCAGCUGAUGUUGGCUGAGAGGAGGAACUUUUAA